AUUGGAGUGGCCACGUGGUGACGUUUCUUGGCGUAGCAUUGCAUGCGGUGGACCAGUCUCGGGUGGAGCCUCGAUUUCCGACCUCCAAUCUAAGAGAAAUUCCGAGAAGAAUCUUGCUGAAAGCGUAAAGAGAAAAUGGCGGAAUUCGUCCAUCAAAGUAUUGAAGAAACACUGCCGGAGCUUGAACAGCUUGAACGUGUAGGGCUCUUUUCAAAACCUGAAAUAAAGUAAGCAUUGGCCAUUGCAAAUGCAAUUUGCAUUGCCAUUGUAUUUGCAAUGGCAUCGAGUAUCUGACCACGCCACGAGGCCGAGGGCCGAGGGAGUCGCUGAGCUGAGUACCGGGGAGCCAUUGUGAAGAAGAGGACAGCCCAUGAAUACCGCUUGGGGAGACUCAAAAAGAGGAAAGAAGACUUUCUGAGAUACAUACAGUAUGAGAUCAACAUCUUGGCACUUAUCAAGAAAAGAAGAGAGAGAAACAAUUACUUUCACAAGAAGGAAGAAGUAGAGAAUGCAAUCAUCACCCGUAUUCACCGCUUUUUCAGGAGAGCUUGCACCAAGUUUCCAGAAGAUCUCAAGGUCUGGAUGUCCCAUCUACAGUUCUGCAAGAAAUGGGGCCGAUAUUUGGAGAUGAAUCGGCUCUACACCAGAAUGCUGAAGAUACACUCUAAUAAUCCAGGACUCUGGAUCAUGGCCGCCAAGUUCCAGCUAGAAGAGAACAAUUCAGGAGAGAAUGCCCGGGCUCUCUUCCUCCGCUCUCUCAGGCAUCAUCCAAAGGUCCAGAAACUAUGGACUGAGUAUUUCAGAAUGGAACUUCUCCAUGCAGACAAGCUUAGGAAAAGAAUGUCCCUACUGAAGCAAACCAUGGUUGAACCCGAAGAGUCUGAACUAGAGGACGCCCUCAUGAGGGGAGAACUGGCCAGGCGUGUAUACAGCACUGCUAUCAAAGAGAUACCAGAUGAUAUUGCAUUCAGACUGUCGUUUAUUCCCGUCGUCCGAUGUUUUGAUUUCACCUCUCAGCUAGUGGAUGCCAUCUAUGAGGAUCUUGAACGUGACCACCCUGAUAAUGAUCUAACAUGGAAAGCUCUGGCAAGAAGGCAUCUAGUAGCAUCAGGUACUGAAGAUGAGGUGUGGUUGUCUGAGGUACACUGCCAUAGCAUCUUUGACCAAGCACUGGAGAAGGUCUCCGGCGUUGGUAUAUGGGCUCACUACGCUGAUACUUGCCUAGAACGACUUGAACUAGAUGGUUCAGAUGACCUCAACAGCAGGAGAGCAGAAAAGACAUUGGCAGUGUUUGAAUCAGCGGAGAAGAAGAACAGCCCUACAGAAGACAUGUACAAGAAAUGGGUGGAGGUGUUGAGGGUGCUGGAUUUGGAUGAAAGGGCACUGGAGGUCAGUUUGAGGUCAACUGAAGUUCAUCAGAGGUCACUUGACCUGUGGAUCAAGAGGUUGAUCCUGGUCAUAACGACUGGAGGGAAAGACGGAGAUGAAGAGGAUCAUAGGUUAAAGGUCAGAGAGACGUUCGACCUGGCUAUCUCCCAUGUCAAAUCAAAGAAUGCCCUGGACAUUUGGAAUAUUGGUCUGGAGUGGUGCUUGACUAAUGAUACGGAAAUGAUACAGAAUCUAUUUGAGUGUGGAUUAAAGGAGCACCGUGUCAUCGCCCUGCCGUUAAAGAUCCGCUACCUCGAAUGGACAGCUCUUGUCAAAGGAAUGGGAAAAGCAAGGAAGCUGUAUAAGAGGAUGGCUACAGAGAAGCCUCUCGGUGAAGAAUUCUUUGAUAAAUACAUCGCAUUGGAGGAAGCACAGCCCACUCCCAAAGCAAAGAAGAUCUCAGAGGCAUACGACGAUGCUCUGAGGGAAUUUGGCGAGACUUCACCAGGUCUUUGGUUGGCUUACAUCCGUCAUGAAAUCACCCAUCCGGAGGGGAGCCAAGGCAAGGCCAUGCAACUGCACUGGAAGGCCAUGAAGACACUGGAAGGCGAGCAGGUAGAACAGUUUGUCAAUGGCUACACACUCAUGCAGACCAAGGAUAGCGGGGACUGAAACUCCAGAUACCAAGAAGAAAAUAGAGUAAAAAGCAAGGUCGUAAAGUCCCAAAGUUGGAAAUCGCCUUGAGUGUAUACUCUUGUCGACGGAGGGGACUGGUGGUUUAUUAAGACGCCAAGAAAAGAGUCGGUACGCAAGGCCAUGAAGGGGCUAGAUUGGAAUAACUAGAGUGAACCAAUGGCUUUACAUUGAUACAGACCAAAGACGGUCGAGACUGAAGUUCUGGAUGCCAAGAUUUCAAGAAGAGAUUGAACAUUACCGAUAUAUACUCAAGGCCGUGAAGGCAAAAGAUGGAAUAAUCUGGUGUUGGAUUUGACCAUCCGUAUUCUGUUAUAGAGAGAGUUUUAAAUUUCUGUAAAUGAGCUGUGAUUUCCACUCUUGUAUUGAACAUCAGACAUUGGGUGGAAAACAAAAUUGCUCUAUAAAAGACCUUGGCACAAGAGGGAGAGUUCAACCUUCUCAAAAAGGAUGUUAUGUGUUUUAUACCUUCUCUAGAAAAUAUAAUUCACAACUAUUACUCUCUUUUCCUUUCUUUGAACUCUUUAAUUUUCUAUUCCAAGAAGUUAUAAUAACAACAAGGAACACAUCUGUGAAAAAGAAAUUGCAUAGUAAACUAAUGUUGAACUUUGGUGGUACUGCAUCAACAUCAUUUGCCAAUCAAAAUCUCUUUGUAUUUCUUUCAUAGAUUUUAACUGUUAUGAUCAGUUUUAUUUUAACCUUCUUUUUAAAAGAAGGUCAA